AUGGCUGAGCCCCGCCAGGAGUUGGACAUGACAGAAGACCAGGCUGGAGAUUACGCCCUGCACCAGGACCAGGAGGGCGACACGGACCCCGGCCUGAAAGAGUCUGCCCUGCAGAGCCCCGCCGAUGAUGGAUCUGAGGAACCAGGUUCUGAGACCUCUGAUGCUAAGAGCACGCCGACAGCCGAAGACGUGACAGCGCCCCUAGUGGACGAGCGAGCUCCCGGCGAGCAGGCCGCCGCCCAGCCCGACGCCGACAUCCCCGAAGGAACCACAGCUGAAGAAGCCGGCGUUGGAGACACCCCCAAUCUGGAAGACCAAGCUGCAGGACACGUGACUCAAGCUCGCAUGGUCAGUAAAGGCAGAGAUGGGGCUGGAAGCGACGACAAAAAGGCAAAGGGGGCUGAUGGGAAAGCUGGAACGAAGAUCGCCGCACCCCGGGGAGCGGCCCCACCUGGCCAGAAAGGUGCUGCCAACGCCACCAGGAUUCCUGCGAAAACCACGCCCUCCCCCAAGACCCCACCCGGCUCUGGUGACUCUGGGAAAUCCGGGGACCGCAGCGGUUACAGCAGCCCCGGCUCCCCGGGCACCCCCGGCAGCCGCUCCCGCACCCCGUCCCUGCCAACCCCGCCCACCCGGGAACCCAAGAAAGUGGCGGUGGUCCGCACCCCGCCCAAGUCGCCGUCGUCCGCCAAGAGCCGCCUGCAGACGGCGCCCGUGCCCAUGCCAGACCUGAAGAACGUCAAGUCCAAGAUUGGCUCCACUGAAAAUCUGAAGCACCAGCCGGGAGGCGGAAAGGUGCAGAUAAUUAAUAAGAAGCUGGAUCUUAGCAACGUCCAGUCCAAGUGUGGCUCAAAGGAUAAUAUCAAACACGUCCCAGGAGGCGGCAGUGUGCAAAUAGUCUAUAAACCCGUGGACCUGAGCAAGGUGACCUCCAAAUGUGGCUCACUGGGAAACAUUCAUCAUAAGCCAGGAGGAGGUCAGGUGGAGGUGAAAUCUGAGAAGCUGGAUUUCAAGGACAGAGUCCAGUCAAAGAUUGGGUCCCUGGAUAACAUCACCCAUGUCCCUGGUGGAGGAAAUAAAAAGAUCGAGACCCACAAGCUGACCUUCCGUGAGAAUGCCAAAGCCAAGACUGACCACGGGGCGGAAAUUGUAUACAAAUCACCAGUGGUGUCUGGGGACACAUCUCCGCGGCACCUCAGCAAUGUGUCCUCCACCGGCAGUAUCGACAUGGUGGACUCACCCCAGCUUGCCACGCUAGCCGAUGAAGUGUCCGCCUCCCUCGCCAAGCAGGGUUUGUGAUCAGGCCUCCUCUGGGGCGGUCACAGUCGUGGAGAAGAGAGAGUGAGAGUGUGGGGAAAAAGCGUAAUGAUCUGGCCUUCCGCCUUCUCCCUCCUCGGCUGCUCCUCACAGAUGGGUUAAUUGGGUCAUCACCUGCCCUGCUUUUGUCACUUGGCUUGGGCUCGUCUUCAAAACCAUGAUGGGAGAGACAGCUAUUUUCCAAAUUAACAGGGGCUUGUAAUAAAACAGUU